AGAAGGUCCCGGAAAAGGCUCCUCUCGUGCAGUAUGGGUGCGAGGCGCAGGUGAGCGAGCGCACACUCUAUAGGCUACCUGUAAACAAAGAAAACAAACAUGGAAACUACCCAGACGACACCAUUUCAAGGACACCCUGGUCCAGCACGACGUUAAAGCUGGCUGGAAAUCCGUGUUUGAUCCAACAUCCUGAUAUACACAGACAAACUGUGCAGAGCUUACACAUGUAGCCUAAUAAGGUGGGUCAAUCCAAUGUAAUCCAAUUCCAUGGCUCCAAAGAAAAUUGGUUAACCAGAUACCCAGUGACCAAAGGACGGGGUCAGCCAUCAACCACCACCAUGGCGGAACAAGAUCAUGUCAAUCCUUCACACACUACAUUCAAUCUCUUCGUCCAAGCCCAGACUUGUAAGGAUGUGAAGCACCACUUUGCUGCGCUCUGCAAGCAACUGGACAUCAAUCCUAAGGAUUUCAGGAACUUCUACAGCACGUUGAAGGAAAGACUGAACUACUGGAAGGCCAAAGCCCUGUGGACAAAGCUGGACAAAAGGGCAUCUCACCCAGAUUACAAGCAAGGAAAAGCCUGCAUUAAAAACAAGUGUCUUGUGUUGGGUGCUGGGCCAUGCGGGCUGAGAACGGCCAUCGAACUAUCCCUGCUGGGGGCUCAGGUGGUGGUGUUGGAGAAGAGAGAGUCUUUCUCCAGGAACAAUGUUCUCCACCUGUGGCCCUUCACCAUUUGUGAUCUCAUUGGGCUUGGAGCCAAAAAGUUCUACGGCAGAUUCUGCACUGGGUCUCUGGAUCACAUCAGCAUCCGUCAGCUGCAGUUGGUUCUAUUGAAAGUGUCACUUCUCCUCGGGGUGGAGGUGCACACCGGCGUGGAGUACCAGGGCUUGAUUGAGCCCGCAGGAGAAAACGGUUGGAUGGCCAAGCUGCAGCCUGGGUCUCAUCCUGCUGCAGCCUUCCAGUUUGACGUCUUCAUCUCUGCUGGAGGAGGCAGGUUUGUCCCUGAUGGUUUUAAACAUAAGGAGCUGAGAGGAAAGCUGGCAAUCGGCAUCACAACCAACUUCAUCAACAGACACACGGCUGCAGAGGCCCAAGUAGCAGAGAUCAGUGGCGUGGCCCGCAUCUACAACCAGAAGUUCUUCCAAGAGCUGCUCACUGAGACAGGUAUUGAUCUGGAGAACAUCGUCUACUACAAAGACGACACCCACUACUUUGUCAUGACUGCCAAGAAGAAUAGCUUGCUGAAGAAGGGGGUCAUUAAACAGGACUACAGCGAUGCAGAGGAGCUGCUGGCUCCUGCAAAUGUGGAUCAUGAGGCGUUGUGCCAAUAUUCCCGUGAUGCUGCCCACUUCUCAACAGGUGGCAAACUGCCUGACCUGCAGUUUGCUCGGAACCAUGCGGGCCAGCCAGACGUGGCCGUGUUUGACUUCACCUGCAUGCAACGCGCUGAGAAUGCCUCUCUGGUCAGGGAGAGGAGAGGGAAGAAAUUGUUAAUGUGUCUGGUUGGAGAUUGCCUCGUGGAGCCCUUCUGGCCUCUGGGUACAGGUAUUGCCCGUGGAUUUCUAGCUUCUUUUGACACAGCGUGGAUGGUAAGAAGCUGGGGCAUGGGGGUCUCGCAUCUCAAGGUCCUCGCUGAGCGAGAGAGUAUCUACCAGGUCCUGUCCCAGACCACACCAGAAAACACCAGUAAAAACUACUCUGGUUACAGCAUCGAUCCCAAAACACGCUACAAAAGAGUCAACCUCUCUUCCAUCCAGACCAACCAGGUGCAGCACCUAUAUGAUGAUGAUAAAUCGAACCCAUCAAGCAAGAAACAGAAGAACCAGUUGUCUCACAUGCGCCAAGAUUCAGUCAGUGGUUUUGAAGAGUUGUUGAAAUGGUGCCAAAAACACACCACAGGUUAUGUGAAUGUUGAAGACUUUACCCAAUCCUGGAGGUCCGGGCUGGCUCUGUGUGCUCUGAUCCACCACUUUAGACCUCAGCUCAUUGACAUGUCCUCCAUGGAUGAGUUGAGUGCUGUUCACAACAACACACUGGCCUUAAGCAUCUUGGAGAAAGAGCUGGGUAUCCCACCUGUCAUGUCUGCCAGUGACUUAGCCAACAGUGGUCAGAUUGACAAGUUGUCCAUGGUCCUCUACCUCACCCAGGUCCAAAGUGUCUUCACUGUGCCAGCAAAAGACUCUGCUGCUUUCCUGCCGUCGCCCAAGCCUCUGACUCUCUCCCAGACACAGUCAGCCGUCUUUUUCCUGAACAAGCUGAAGCACAACUCUCUGCAAAGACGCAAGGAAAAGCUGGCAACUGAGAAAAGAGAAAGAGAAACAAUGAUGGGAGAAGAGGACAGUACAAUGAUGCCUCCUCUGUCCCCUGAGCCAAGUCCUACACCGCUCUGCACUGCUCUUGAUCCUGAGCCUGAACCUGGUACAGGUGUGCCAAUGACAAACAGCGAGGAGUGUUACUUCUGCUGUCGGAUGGUCUAUGCGCUGGAGCGCAUAAGUGCUGAGGGCAAGUUCUUCCAUCGGAGCUGCUUCACCUGCCAUCGGUGCAGCAUCACGCUCAGACUAGGAGGAUACACCUUUGACCAGACUACAGGGAGAUUUUACUGUGAGCUGCACUCAGAAGAACUGGAGCUGGAAAAUGGGGCUGAAACAUCUUGUAAGGAUAGCGAAGGAAAUCCCAAAGGAACAAAUGAAAGGAACAGGCUUUCCAGUGAAGAUUAUACACCAUCUCCAUCUGAUGAGGAGUAUGAGCACUGUCUGGACUCCGUUCCCCCUGCUCACUCACAGUCACAUAAACCUGAAGGACAGGACCACCAUAUAUGGGAAUUCAAAGAGGCCGAAGAGCCACAUACAUCAAAAACUCCCACCGAUCCUCUAUCUGAAACGGAGGAAGCAGUACCCACUGAGGAGGAGCCAGUGCCCUAUCCUGUCCCCAAGCCCCGCCACUCUCGACAGACCACACCCAGCCUUCAGCCCUCCCCUCCAAAAGCCAAACCUCGCACAGUCCACAUUCUUAACCCCUCAACCCCAGAAGGACCUCCAUCUCCAGCCCCAACAAAAGAGAUCUCCAAGUCAGCACCAGACUCCCGUCCGAAGCAAUCACUCAGAAAGCUUCAGCUGACCGAUGAGGAGAAAAGCCAACUAGUGAAUCUUCAGAGCCUGAGUGCGGACUCCGACUCCGAGACCCCUGGUGGAUCCUCCUCCUGCUCCUCUUCCUCUGCAACUGCAGGAGGCCCAACCACUACUAAACCAGAGGGCCUGGACGGGCAAGAGGAGGAGGGCUACUGGAGCGGGAGCACGGCAAGUCACAUGCGGGAGAAGAGGAAUCGACGUUGCUUCAGGAGAAAAGAGUUACCAAGCGGGCAGGCCAGGGUACGAUCAAAGUUCUCCCCGUGGAAUCUGUCUUCCCCGAGGAUCAGCAGAGACAACCGGCUCAGUGUCCUCAUUAAUCAUCCAGAGGGAGUGGAAACAACAUUGAGACAUGAUAACAGCACCUCAGAAGAGGGUGUCGAUGGAGAUGACGACGACGACAAUGAUGAUGAUGAUGAUGAUGAUGAGAUGUUUCAACGAGAUGAUAUUGACUUAUUUGAGGAGAAAUUUCAGACAAUGCCGUCAGACCCCGUUGAGGCUGAGAAGAUGGAGUUGAUGAAGAUGAGGACACUGGAGCGGCGAGCCAAGAUGAGCGAAUUACAGCGAUUGCGCAAAGCCCAGUCAAUCCAGAGGAGACUGGAGGAGAUUGAUGUAACCUUCAAGGAGUUGGAGGAUAAGGGUGUACUGCUGGAGAGAACUCUGCGAGGAGAGGCUGGCAGCAGUGGCCCUCCUGAAAUGAUUGAGGAUUGGAUCCAACUCGUCCAUGAGAAGAACGCGCUGUUGUCUGAGGAAUCGGAUCUCAUGGUGGCGUCUCGGCAGCUGGAACUCGAAGACAAGCAGAGCAUGUUGGAGUUGGAGCUCAGAAAAUACAUGGAGGUGGACGACAAGACCGCAGAGCAGCAGACAGAAGAAGACCGGAUCCUCCAACAGAUGAUCGAAGUGGUGGACAUGAGGGACUCGCUGGUGUCGUUUCUGGAGGAGAAGAGGCUGAAGGAGAUAAGCGAGGAGCAAGAGGCCUUUUCUAUCAAGGAGGCUAAACGCCACUCCAAGGCAGGAUCUCAGGUUCACUGGGCGUAAGGCGUUAACGCACACACAUCCUCAGUGUGUAACAGUCUGUAUUUAAUGUACAGUAGAUGCCCUCUCAUCUACUGUAUGUGAGACCUUCAGACUUGAAGCUUAGCUUUUGCAAAGCCAAAGAUGAUACAGAAUUGUCGCGGAGGGUAACGCACCACAAACUGUCUCUUCAUACAACUAGGAGUCGAGGCUAAUGGGCCAGAGUGAAAAUCAUUUGCAAUCCGCCCCCUAGAGGGACACAUAAGCUGGGGGAUCCGAGGCUUUGACUUGAUGCGUCCAAUAACUCCCCGCCUAAGCCCUGCCUGCUGCGAUCGUGAGGUCGCUGCAAUGGACAACAUAUUUAAACAGACACAUAAUGUCUGCUACACUUUUGAGCAACCACCACACAGCAAAUAAUCCUUACCCAGGCUGGGACUUGGCCUGGUUUUGAUGUAGAGACUAAGUAGCAUUAAAUUACAGCGGUGGGGAACCUGCAGUAAGUAACUUAGAGAUAGAUGGCGGUUGAAAGCACAGGAUGGCUGGGGUUUUUAAAACAUACUUUGAUUUCAACAUCAUCAAGUGCUGCAGUACACAAUGACAUAAUAUACAUAUAAUUCUAUGUUUAGUAUACUCAAUACAUUCUAGAAAUAUUAUGAAAAAGAGGUAAUUACAGUAUUAAUAUUAUACAAUUUCAUUGUUAUUCAUGAUUCACUUUUUAUUAUGUAGUUUCCUUUUUAUUUAUGGAUUUAGUAGCGCUCCCUGCUGUUUACCAUGUCCGUUUCCCGGUAACACGUUUGAUAGACCUCUCGGGUUGGUGAUUCAGUCCUCCUGAAUCAGAGUUUGUGUUUUUACUGAUGGCCUUCAAUGGUCGGCUGCUCUUUAAGUGGAGGUGUAUAUGAACACGGGGAUUUGGGGUUUAAUGAAAAAUAGACUUCUAUUUAUAAAUGCUACCUUUUAUCAUUUGCAGGUGUUCCUAUUCAUGUGCUGCCAGAAUAGCCAAAAUCGAGACAAAGACUAGUUUGUUAUUGUGAAAAGGAGCCUUAUCCAGUCAUUGUUCCGCUGCCAUUUUAUGCCGCGUGGACGGCACUUCAUAGUAUAUCAAAUAAAGAUCAUGCACUUUGAA